AUGGGGUUUGGGGGGUCAUUUGGUUGCUGUUUUGUGUCUGGUUCGAGCUGCUGGUUGCAGCAGUGUUGUUUCGUGAUGAUUCUCGCCGGAGAUGGCGGAUCUGAUGGGUUUGGGGUCGAGUAUUUGGUGGGUUUAGCGAGCUCGAAGCUAAUUCGCUUCAUGGAAUCAAAGGGUCUCCAAGUAGAAGGGAUAAUUUAUGGCAAAAUUGACUCUGGAUAUUUGGUGUCUGUCAAAGUGGGAUCUGAAGUUUGCAAUGGAGUAAUCUACCAUCCAAAAGAACAAGCCUCAUCUUGCAACACGAUUGUACUUGACAAUCUACAACCUCACCACUAUUCAGGACGGAGGAUGAGGAGGAAGGAGAGAGACCUUAGGCUCCCGAAACCUAGAUGGAACGACUACAACUUCUUCUAUGCUGAAAAAAAAGCCAUCCUCAAAUCUCUUCAUCCAACAAGGAAACGUUGGGAAUUCACAAAGAUGAUUGCAAAAUCUUGGAACGAUCUUCCUCCUGAAGAAAAAAUGGUCUAUAAAAACUAUGCAAAGAAAGACAAGGAAAGGCACCAGAAGGAAUGGAAGGAGUAUAAUGAAAUAAGGAUGACUGCAUCGUCUUGCAACUGA